UACCUUGCCAUCUUUGUCUGCCUCCAUCAUCUCGCGCUCUAUUCCCGACAUGUGUUACUACCUGCUCGCAUACACCGAGUACGGCUGCGGCCAUCAAUUCCUUGAUCGCCGCCACUUUAUCGACUGCAACCGGGUGACAUGUCGGCGGAGCAGGUUUCACAAUAUUGAUGAGCACGACUGCGCGAACGAGUGUACGGAGGAGUGGUCGCUCCCUGAACAGUCACUUGUCAUGGAUCAACGCCCCGAGCAAUGCAGGCGCUGUCUAGGCACGGAUGGAGCUACGGCCAAUGGCACCAAUGGUGGAUCUUAUGACAGCGAGUCUGAUUCAGACGAGGAAGAGGAGGAGGAGGAGUAACGUAGAGGUUAGAUAAGAGCACCGAAUUGCCGUUGUGGAUUGGCUGUAAAACACGUACUUGCAAUUUUACCCCAGGGUUGA